AGAAUAUCAGUGUCGGGGGUUGUUUUUUUUUCGGAAAAAGUGAGAGGGCGGAAUACCACCACCCAAUCAAACUGCCAGCCAGUAGCCCCACGAAUUAGUAUUUAUCGUACCCCAACAGUAGCAUCGGCAGCAAUAGCAGCAGUGAGUGCAAACAGCAACGAGAUACGGGGGUGGUGUUAUUCAUGUGAUUAUCCGGAAGAAUUACUAACUAGCAAUCGUCACGCAGCAGCCAUAAUCAAGGACAAUAGCAUCGAUUUUCCGCAUUCGUGGUUCGCUAAAUUGGCCGGAUCUAGACAAACAAAGUCAUUGAAGAAUAAGCACAGAAAAGAACAUCCAAUCGCGUAGCAAACAUCAGGAGAAAAGUAGUGUGCUGUGCGUGUUAUAUAAUUCUAGGGGUUGACACCUACGAGCGCAAAACGAAAAAAAAAAAGAAGGAUCGGCUGCUCGAUGCUAUCCCAUGUGUAAUUAGCUCCUUCCCAAGGGGAUUCGCCUUUUUCGCGUGGGUGGUGGUGUUCGUUCUGUUAUUCAAGAGGUGGAAAAAUCAUCAAUGAAGAGAAACAUUAUGAGCCGUCGUGAUUGAGUGCCUCAGCGAAAGUUUUCAAUUCGGCUAAAGGCGCACCAACAGUAAGCACCGUCUUUUGGCCACAUUAAAGCACAACUUAUCAAGUGAUACGCACACAAUCACUUAUUCACGUUUGCACUGAGCACUUUCCAAGCAACACACGCGACUCUGUGAUUCUAAACGAUGAGCACCAGCACCAUUGCACAGCACCGUUCGUACUCCCGUUAGCACCAACCAUUACCACCUAGAAAACGCCCGUGUUCAGCACCGAAUUGAAAGAGAACCAACCUGCCAUCUGCCUGCGAAGUUCUGUACCCGGUUACUCUCGUGCACGUUCCGUUCGUUUUUCUGUUGUGCUGCAAGAGUGUGUGCACGCGUGCACGUGCAAUUAGUAAGGAUUUGCAAGUAGUGUAAGGUAGUAGCGCGGAAUCGCACAGACAUAAACCAGUCGAGUAGAGGGACUUGGAGUUGGUGCGAAUAAUGGCCAACACGGCGCAUCUUUUUCGCAGACAGAGCUCACGGGAUUUGAUCCAGCAGGCGACGGUUCGCAGUUUGGAUGAGCUCGAGUUGAGGGAACUUCGAAGUCGCUUGGUUCGGGCGGAGAAUGGCAAUCGAAAUGUGGUGUACGGUGCAACCAAUCAGGCAUUUAUCUCCGACGAUGAUCCCCCGAUGGGAAGGAUCUUGGACUUGGGUCCAAGUUCCGCACCGCCCACGAUCCGGGGGCCACCGGGAAAACUCCCAACGCAGACUUCCGUUAUCGACAGCGCGGUGGAGGAAGCGGUUGUACCGGAACGACCCGAAGACGAACGCGAAAGUUGGGAUAGCAAGUGGACUUUUCUGUUGGCCACGAUUGGGUACGCCGUUGGAUUGGGCAACGUUUGGCGAUUUCCCUAUUUAGCGCAGAAGAAUGGCGGAGGAGCGUUUCUGGUUCCGUAUUUUGUGAUGUUACUGCUUCAAGGCGUUCCGAUUUUCUACCUGGAGUUGGCGAUCGGUCAACGUCUGCGGAAGGGAGCGAUCGGGGUUUGGCACGAGGUGUCGGCCUAUCUGGGAGGAAUUGGAAUAUCGUCGGCGUUCGUGAGCUACAUAGUAGCUUUGUAUUACAACACGAUCAUUGCUUGGUGCUUGAUCUACCUGUUACACAGCUUCGAGUCCCCACUGCCUUGGGCGGAAUGUCCCAAGAGGCUGUACAAGAACUUCACCUACGACGUGGAACCGGAGUGUGUCGUUUCUUCGCCGACAAAGUACUACUGGUACCGGGAAACGUUGAGGGCUUCGCCCAGUGUCAACGAACCGCAGGAGAUCAACUACAAUGUGGCGAUCGCACUGAUUACUGCCUGGUUCUUGGUGUACAUGUGCAUGGUCCAAGGAAUCACCGAAUCGAGUAAGAUCGUGUACGUUACCGCGAUCUUCCCGUACGUGGUGCUGAUUAUUUUCUUCUUCCGGGGCAUCACCCUCAAAGGUGCUGCCGAUGGUGUAAUGCAUCUGUUCACCCCUAGGUGGGAAUCGAUUUUGGAACCUGUCGUGUGGCUCGAGGCCGGCACGCAGAUCUUCUUUUCGCUGGGCCUCGCCUUUGGAGGACUGAUCGCUUUCAGCUCGUACAAUCCAGCGAAUAACAACUGCUACCGAGACGCUCUGGUGGUUUCGUUUACCAAUUGUAGCACAUCUAUGUUCGCUGGGGUCGUCGUAUUCUCCGUCAUCGGUUUCAAGGCUACUUCAAUCUUCGAUUCGUGUGUAGAAGAACGCGAUGCACUGCUGGCGGCGAACAAAACGACAAAUCUACCGGUUUGCAAUCUGCAGAAGGAGCUCGAAAAUAGCGCUUCCGGAACGGGAUUGGCAUUCAUCAUUUUCACGGAAGCGAUCAACCAGUUUCCGGCGGCACAGUUUUGGGCGGUGCUAUUCUUCAUGAUGUUGUUCACGUUGGGAAUCGACUCGCAGUUCGGAACCCUCGAAGGUGUCACCACGUCACUGGUGGAUAUGAAGCUGUUUCCCAACCUUCCAAAAGAAGUCAUCACCGGGGGUCUAUGCCUGUCGUGUAGUAUUCUAUCGAUGUGUUUCGCCAACGGAUCAGGAAGCUACAUUUUCCAGUUGAUGGACAGCUUCGCGGGAAACUACACUCUGCUGAUAAUCGCAUUCUUCGAGUGCAUUGGCGUUAGCUACAUCUAUGGAAUUAAAAGGUUUGCCGAUGAUAUCGAACUGAUGACCGGUUCGCGACCGGGCCUCUACUGGAUGCUCUGUUGGAAGUACAUUUCACCGAUUGCCAUGUUGACUAUUCUGAUAGCCUCUUUCAUCGAGUUGGCUUCCGAGGGCAGUAGCUAUCCGGGAUGGAAUGCCCUGACUGGUAAUACCGAUAAUCUCGAAUGGCCCCACUGGUGCAUCGUGGUGGCGAUACUUUUGGUUAGCGUGUCCAUUUUGUGGAUCCCGGGAGUGGCCAUCUGUCGGUUAUGCGGUAUCAAUAUUAUUGAGGAUUCGGAGCCGGCGUGGUUCCCGACGGCCGAGCUGCGGGACGUGCACGGAAUUGUGCCGCACGAAGCAACGGACAUUGAGAUAUCAUUGUUUUGCAUACGACCGGACGGAUCGGAAGGUUUGUGCUGUCCGACUUAUGGAACGCGGGAGCAACCGCUGGACGAGGAAGAAGAGUAAGAGUAAGUAGACGGAAAAGUGGCACUGUUGCCGCAGUAGACAAUAAGCGAUAUCCAGGUUUUGGGGGAACGAGUUUAGCUGGGUAGCAGACGACGGCGAAGAAAAUUGACAAUAGUUAGUUAGAAGGACUAGUAGAUUAGCACAGAGCGGUUGAAAACAUUCCGAGCGAACAUAUUCAAAUUAUACACCAUAACGAUAGGGGUUCCAAAGGCGAGCUUCAGUGCGUUGAGUGGGUAAAGAAAUGUGAAAUUUUCUGUUCAUGGUUUAAAAAGACUUGCAUUUUGGUGUAUCGGAACGACCGGAGCUUAAAUCUAUCAUUUCCACUGAAAGAUUGCACCUGAUUUUGAUUGAAAUGUUGAUGAAAUGAUAAUUGGGUGAAUUGACAAACACAUAGGGGGAGGAGGGGCAUAGUAAACAGGUGAAGCAUAGUCAGCAUCCCGAAGUUUUGCCCUGGAUCUCUAGCUGCACGAAACAAAUCAACUGGUAGUAGGUUCAAUAUCAUUAUUAUAUUGAUCCUACCACCAACCAAUUUGUUCCGAACGGCCGGAAGUCCAAGCUGGUGCACGGGAUGCUCAGUAUGGCCUACCUGUUCACUAUGCCCCUCUUACCCCUAACGCUUAACGUAAAGAUCUCAUUUAUUGUAACCAAUCCUCAGAAUUCCUUGGGAAAAUUUCUCACAGUAUAGGAUUUAUCGUAGUUGCUACUCCGUUUCUGAUCAGAACAAGAGGAAUUGCAAAGAGAACCACAUAGAUGGCGCUUGGAAUUAGCUUAUCCAUUUUCAAUGUGCAAGCAAGUUCACCAAUUCAUUCUAUUAUACAUCAGCACCAGUGCCGGUCACGUCGAUACGGUAUUUUGGAAAG